GAAUCGUUGUGUCAAAAUUCAACUAAAGCUAUAUCCAGCCCUAGUUUUAAUUUAAGCUAGAUGUAUGUUGCUUAAUUUAAAUUGAUCACAAAUCAUUUUGAUUCAGAAUGAAAAUCGUGAUAAUAGUCGAUACAUAGCGUUGGAAUUAGGAACAGUAGUUUUUGUUAAAAAAAUACGUGGUUGGUGAAGCCCCUUAAGCGCCGUAAAGAGGAAAAAGAUCUUUCACUGCUUGCAGUGAUUACUGUUUGUUAUUUUCAUCUCGGUUUCGUCAUACUCCCAACGUCGCAUACGCAAUAUGUAACCUCUAACUACCAAUGAACGAACGAAACAAUUCAAACGGCAGCCCAUCGUCAUCAUCCGUUUGAGUAAACAUCGCAGAUACACAGAAUAUAGCCAUAUAUCGUGUUCGUUCGUUUUACUGAUCAAUCAUCGACAAGGACCAUGAACUCGUGGAAACGGCCUCCCGAAUCGAGUGAAAACGAUUCAGCUAUCCGAAAUCCGAAAUUUGCUAUUGAGAAUACCUCCUCUGACAUUAUGUAUCAAAGGUUUGAUAAUCCCUAUAUAGGCCCGUCAUCUACAGUUACUAAGGCAGGACAGGAUGAACUUGGAGAGUCGUCUUUUAAAACGGCAUCUAGACCAUCAUGUGAUAAGAUCCCUGCCGAAACAUUUCUACAUGGAAAAAAAAAAACUGGCCGAGAAUAUACUGUUUCAGUUGUACUUGUGUGCAUUUGGCUCUUUUGUACUAUAGUUCUUAUGGCGAAACAAGAAAGAAAAGUAGAUGAUGUUCAUCAAAUUACAUUGGUUCCAAAUGAAACUAAAACACAAAUAAUAUAUAAAAACCAUAUGCCCAACUCAACUAAAAUACAACUGAUGCUUGCUGGAGCUUUUAUGCCUGAUUAUUACAGUUCUUUAGCAACACAUUUUUUUAAUAUUUGGGUGGAGUUUGAACCAUCUAGCAGGUAUAAUAUGUCCGACAGUUUUAGAUUGGAGCAUAUUAAUAAUCAUUAUCCCAAGAAUAUAACUGAAAUAUGGUCUAUACCUAUUGUAAGUGAAUCAUUAGUUGAAGUUGUUCCUGAAAUGCAUCAUAAUCAAAUAUUCAAGUUAAAUCAUUUGCCUGCCUACGAUAAUGUCCAUGGGCAAACUAAACUCUGUAUGAAUACCACAUUAAGCACUAACUUUCCUCUAGCAUUGACUUAUGAUUUGUUUCCUAUCAAUACAGAAUAUGGAAUUAUUUAUGCUGUAAUUGUAUUGAUUGGCCUGUAUAUACUUAUUAUAACCGAAGUUGUCCACAAAUCGAUUGCAGCAAUAUUAGCAGCUACCACAUCAAUUGCCAUACUAGCUCUUUUAGAUGAAAGACCUACUAAAGAUGAACUUUCCUCUUGGAUAGACAUUGAAACAUUGCUUCUUCUUUUUUGUAUGAUGGUCAUUGUUGGUAUUUUGUCCGAAACAGGAAUUUUUGACUACUUGGCAAUUAUAGCCUAUAAAGAAACUAAGGGUAAAGUUUGGCCAUUAAUCAACACAUUAUGUUUCUUUACUGCUAUGGUAUCUUCUAUCUUAGAUAAUGUUACCACCGUUCUUUUAAUGACACCUAUAACAAUAAGAUUAUGCGAAGUAAUGCAAAUGAAUCCAGUACCAACACUUAUGUGUAUAAUAUUUUAUGCAAACUUAGGAGGAGCUUUAACAUUAAUUGGUGAUCCACCAAAUGUAAUAAUUGGAACGAACAAAGAUGUUGUAGCAAGUGGAAUUACUUUUACAACAUUUUCAAUGCAUAUGGGUAUUGGUUUAGCAAUCAUAUUUAUCACGGUAAAUUUACAUCUAAGGUUUAUUUUCCGUAAUAUGCAAGAUUUAAAAUUUACUGAACCUACAAAUGUUACAGAAUUAAGACAAGAGUUGGCAAUUUGGCAAAAAGCAGCAUCUUCAUUAUCAUCAUACUCAAAAGAAGAAGGAGUUGUUCGAGAUAAACUUCUGAGAAAAUGCAAAAUAUUAUUUUCAAAACUGAAAGAUACUCUUAAAGGUUUCAAAGUUGAUAAUAUACCUGCAGAAAGAUUACAAUCCUAUGAUGACUCUAUUAAGGAUUUUUUGAAUAAAGAUAGUAAUUUAGAUAAAAACCUUUUAUGGAAAUGUGCUAUAACAUUAGGUUUUGUUAUUACUCUUUUUUGCCUCCAUUCAAUUCCUCAAUUGAAUCUUAGUCUUGGAUGGAUUGCUUUACUUGGAACGUUGCUGUUACUUAUACUUGCUGAUCAUGUUGAUAUUGAAUGUGUACUUGGUCGAAUUGAAUGGGCUACAUUGUCAUUCUUUGCUGCUCUAUUCAUAUUGAUUGGAGCUUUAUCUGAGUUAGGUUUGAUCGAAUGGGUUGGUAAGCAAACUCAAAUGAUAAUAAUGAGUGUUGAUAAAGAAUACCGCUUGGCUGUUGCAAUUAUUUUAAUUCUUUGGGUUUCAACUAUUGUGUCUUCAUUUGUUGAUAAUAUUCCAUUAACUACUAUGAUGAUAAAAGUAAUAACUUCAUUAUCCAAAAAUCAUGAACUAGAAUUAUCAUUACAACCUCUGGUCUAUGCUUUAGCAUUUGGAGGCUGUCUUGGUGGGAAUGGAACUCUUAUUGCUGCUUCAUGUAACAUGGUAUGUGCAGGAGUAGCUGAACAACAUGGAUACAGAAUGUCUUUUAUGCAAUUUUUCAAAGUUGGAUAUCCAGUGAUGUUGGGAAGUGUAGCUGUUGCAACGGUGUACUUACUCAUUACACAUGUUAUGUUUGAAUGGAAUGUAUAA